AUGGCUUCGAGCAAAAUCGAGCAUGUCAUGAUAGAAAUCAUCCCAGGACCCACAAACAGAGAGAGCAUCUUUCUUCUGAACGUAUACAGCAGUCCUAAGGACUUGAGACAGCGCUUCAAGACUCUCCUAUCCAAGGCCGUACAACUCUCCAGAGGAGCCCCCCUUAUUAUAGCGGGUGACUUUAAUGCUCCUCACCACACUUGGGGUUACUCGUACGACACUCGCAAAGGGGAGGACCUCUGGCGGGAAACGAUGAACCAAGACCUGAUGCUCGAAGUCAAUUGGACUAACCUCAACGUCGACUUUGGUAGCGACCACUACCUCUUGGCCACUGUCCUGCGGGUUGGACGGACAAGACAACACAAGUUCCGAGUGACCGAUUGGGACAAGUUCCGCAAGCUAAGAGAGGAGAGGUCUGAGGGCGAGGAGAAGCUCGACCUUGAACGCUGGACGGCGCAGAUCGGCGAGGACAUCCAGGCUACCACUAAGGAAAUCACCACGGACCUCCCCGUAGAAAAGAUGGACAGCAGAUUAGCUCAUCUUCUCGAGGCCAAACAGUCCCUCCUGACCCGGUGGAAGGGGCAGCGCCUCAAUCGCAGGCUUCGCAAGAAGAUAGCCGAGGUCAACAGAAGCAUUGAGGAACACUGUAAGGUCCUUUCUAAGCAGCAAUGGGACGAGGUUUGCAAUUCGGUAGACGGACAGAUGCGGAGGGGAGGCCCUUGGAACCUCCUAAAGCACCUGCUGAACGAGAACAACACCAAAUCGAACCAGAGAUGUACACUGACUCGCAUACUUCAUGCAGCUAGGCAAGGAUCCUCGGACAAUCAGGUACUGGCAGAACUGGUUGGGAAGUACCUACCAAUCGCCUCCGGCCCGCCACCUCCCGCCCCUGACUAUGCGGGGGGCGCUAACCCGGAACUGGACGCGGCAUUUGGAAUCGAGGAGAUCCGACAGGCCAUGCACGACCUAAACGGCAGGUCGGCCCCGGGUCCAGAUAAGAUCACGAACAAGGCCUUGAGAAACUUGGAUGACAGGUCGGUGGAGUACCUGACGGAUGCCAUCAACCAGGCGUGGAGGAGUGGUAGAGUCCCGGAGAUGUGGAAGACGGCCACCACUAUCCUCAUCCCGAAACCGGGCAAACCUCCCAGCCUCGACAACCUCCGGCCCAUCUCGCUCACGUCGUGCGUGGGUAAGGUGGCUGAACAUGCCAUCCUGAACAGGGUUUCCCGAUACCUGGAGGACCGCGACAUUUACCCCCACAAUAUGAUCGGCUUCAGGCCGGGCCUCUCGACGCAAGACGCCAUGAAGCUCAUCAAAGACCAAGUCAUCGAUCGCAACACAAGGGACGUAAGAGCAAUACUGGGACUGGACUUGGAGAGGGCAUUUGACAACGUUCUCCACCACUUCGUGCUGAGUCAGAUCUCGUGUAUCGGGCUUGGCAAGUGCUUCCACGACUACACGAAAUCAUUCCUGACAGACAGAGAGGCUAUUCUCAAAAUGGGCGACCUAGUUUCGGACCCGGUCCGGCUUGGCUUCAGAGGGACGCCACAAGG